AGGGAAGAAAAGGGAGAGAAGAGCAAGCGCAAUGGAGGUAGAAAAGAGAGACGGCGCGACCAGGAGCGCCGUCCUCGGAACAAGAAAGCUGCCUGCCUGCCUGUUUGCCUGCCGCCUGCCUGCCUGCCUGCUAGCCAGCCACCCCAAGUUCCCUUCUAGGCGGUUCUUCAAGCAAACAAUGUCUCGUUUCGUCGACGAGCGUAGACACCCGGUAGACGAGCAGCAACCCACGUGACUGAACGAGGUUUCCAGAGAUGAAAACCACUGGGAUCAGCCACGGAGGACGAACCCUAACACAAUUUCACGAGGAUCACCCGUUAUAUACCCAGACCGAUCUGUUCGCGUAAUAUUAUAGUCCGGUGAACAGUAAUCUGGGUUACGCCCUCCCCUCGAUUCAUAAGAACCACGCGUUAAAACGGGAGAGAUCGUGAUUUCUCUCCUACCAUCUCUUUCUCUCUUUCACCUCUGUUUCCUCUUCUCUACUAUCUCCUUUCCUAGCUUUCCUUUCCUUUUUCUUUCGACUUCAUUUUUUCUUUUCAUUCUCAUCCCCCCAAAUUAUGUCAUCGUUCACUAUCGUCUCUAUUAACUUUGGAACGCUGUUUAAAUUUUAUUUCAGACUGGUUCUCAUUUUCAUUUUCAAAAUUUGAAACUGUACGGUUUUAGAUUUUCAGAAAACUUUUCCUACGCAUAUUUCUUACGUUUCAGUGAAUUUUUCCUACGCUCAUUUUUGCUCCUUAGUUACAACGUCCUGCUUGAACGAGCGAGCGAAACGAACGCUUUGCAUUUGCUUCCUCCGAGAAGCGAAUUUUUUUAUCCUACAACGUUCUACUUCGCUCUACUCUACUUUUUUCAACCGUGGUCCACUUUCCCGCGUUAAUUCUGGAUUUACGAGCGUCCGUUCGCCGGUGUAACACGCGUUUCGCGAACCUGACGAUUCCUUGUCUCGCAAAAUUACCUGCAAUAUUUUAAGGACCCAAAACGUUGCAAACACCAAUUGUGUUUUCAUUCAAUUUUUGCCCUUUGCUUCGUAAACGUUCAAAUUACGCAUUUCCCUCCGUUUUGUUUGCAGAGACGACGGGACCUGACCCAGCAAAUUUUAUUGAGUAAAUCAAGGUCGAGCAAAUUAAGAGGAACAUACGGUGCCGUUCGGAUGGCCGGGAUCUCUCUGUCGUGACGCAGAAAAAUCAAAUUAAACAGCCGCUUUUAAGUCGAAUUAAAACGAAUGCGCUUAAUUAAAGCGGCCUCCGCCGCUGAACUAAAGGAGUUUUAUUGACGUCGAGCUGCUCCUUUGUCGGUGCUACAUGUACCCUUUCAUUAUUAACUUAAAAGGUGUCCACCUUUUUUCCUUUCUUUCUCGGUUUUGAUCGUAAAUAAAGGCCAAAUGUUAUGGCAGAUUCCUAUGUUUAUGGAUGAACACCUUUUGCGGAUAAAAAAUAAUGUAUCCCGUUAAUGACUCAAUAAAGAACUUAUUCCUUGAA